GCGGACGGUGAAAGUGCCUGUCCAUGUAGGCACAUGGGCAACGCUCCAUCUGGUGACCCGUCGCCCGCUGCGCCAGCAAGCAUCUACUCUGUGCCAGUCCCCACGCAGCGGGCACGGUGCCCAUCCUCCGCGGCGGCUCGUUCCCCGCGCUACGCAACUUCCUCGGCACCCGCCCCGCGGACCUAGGUGACCGACCCAUCCCGGACCCCGGGAGCUGGCGGGCCGGCCCCCUCGUUUGUUUACCGGCGGCAGGACUACGUCAUUUCUUCUUCCGCUGCUGCCGGAAGUUGGCGGGCCUGAGGCGGAAGAGUAGGGCGAGAGCGUACCGGAAGCCCGUUCCCGGGUGCCUGUGCCACGUCCGCCGCGGCGGCGACCGGCGGCUGCGCGCGGGACCGGGCAUCGCCGGGCGCGAUGGCGGACUGGAAUCGCGCUCAGAGCCCUGGUGCAGUGGAGGAGAUUCUAGACCGAGAGAACAAGCGGAUGGCCGACAGCCUGGCCUCCAAGGUUACGAGGCUUAAAUCGCUGGCCCUGGACAUCGACAGGGACACAGAAGACCAGAACCGGUACCUGGAUGGCAUGGACUCAGAUUUCAUGAGCGUGACCGGCCUGCUCACGGGGAGCGUGAAACGCUUUUCUACCAUGGCACGGUCUGGGCGAGACAACCGGAAGCUUCUGUGUGGUAUGGCUGUAGGCCUGAUUGUGCUCUUCUUCAUCCUCUCCUACCUCUUGUCAAGAACAAGGACGUGAGCCAGUGGAAGCCAAGAGCAGCCAGACUCUUCCCCACCUGGUAUCCUGGGCUAAGGACUUACCUACAAAAUACUCCUUUGAAAAACUGCCACCAUGGGUCAGGUAUCUUCUUCCUGUAUCAGGAGGGCUGUAGUUGCCUCUAAUCCAAUAACAUGUUGGCUUGUCCCAUGCAUGGAAAGGGACACUAGGCCACAGCCCCCGCUCCACUCCCUGGUGCUAGAGACACUGGCAGAGCCAGGGCCACAUGAUGUCAGAAUGAGCCAACUCUGAGCAGAGCAUUGGGGAGUACGACAUGCGUACACUGUGGCCAGUGGCUCCUUUCCAGCCCUCAUUCACCAGUAUCUUAAGGCCCUUCUCUCUUAUGUCUGGGUGAGAACAUGUCUAUUCUAUGAAGAGCUGGGAGCUAACAUUGGAAGGGGCUAUGACUGUGAACUCCAUGUGAGCCUUCUCCUCCAACUGAGGGUCCACGGACUAGAUGUGGCAGUAACUAUGGCGUGAGGCUGCGGGUCUCACGUAGAUCCCAAGAGCCUUCAUUGCAGAGCCUGCACCCUCCACUCUGGAUGAAGCAGGCUUCAGGGAACAGCAAGGCUAUGGAUGAAGGAGUGGACUGCAGCCCAGGCUGGAGUCACUGGGCCAGAAUCCUUCUGGAUUACAAGACCAUGUAUCCAGGAGCAGAGACACGUGUCCUCAGGAUUCAGGAUCUCCCCAGUGCCAAAGACGUAUCCAUUCCCAGGACAGCAGACCCAGAAACUGUACAGCCUGACUUUCCAGAGUCUGACAACGUUGAAGUGGUCUUCCCUGCUGAGGUCCUUGUAGGACUGUGUGCCACCUGUGAGACUGGCCGUUACAUUUGUAGUGGGAACCUUUGCCCCUACACCACAUUCUGCCCUGUUCCAUAGAUACAGACUCCCUUCACUGUGAGGGAGCUCUGAGCUACCUUGUUGCCUGCCUCUGUGGACUGCUCUCCCCAAUCCUCACAGCCUCCUUGGCCAGUCCCAUGUUUGCAGACUGAACCAUAGGGCUGAUGGCCAGAAGCUUAUGAGGGUCCAGCACUUUUCACAUAAAAUAUUAACAAAUGAA